AUGGGUUGUUGUAGUAAGGUGCCAGCUCUUAUUCACGCCCAGGUUGAAAUGGGUUUGGUCAAUGAAAAUGAGCGCAAAAGCCUUUCUAGACGAGAAACAGAUUCCCCACAAGCAAAAGCUACUUCUUUGAUGGAGCAAGGAGGAUCACCUUCUCCAAGUUUCCGAGACCGCUCAGCUAAAGCACCUAACAACAGCGUCCUCCAGAGCUUCGAGAUCGUCAUCUUAUCCAAUAAACUCAAUCUCUUGUUGCCGUUCGGUCCUCUCGCUAUUCUACUCCACUACUUGACAGAUAAUAAGGGAUGGGUCUUCCUGUUGAGCUUAGUAGGAAUUACACCAUUGGCUGAGCGUCUCGGAUAUGCCACAGAGCAAUUGGCUUGCUACACAGGUCCAACUGAGAAAGCAAUAACGAGGUCAAGCGGAAACUAA